GAUCCCAGCCAACAAAAUAAUACAAAGAGGGAAAAGCCUGAGAAGUCGGCGCCUGGUUGAACCAUUUGGAGCAGUUUCGGCUUCUUUUAUAGAGGAUUAGAGAAAAAGAGGCUGUGUGAAGAGAAUUUCAGAGAUAGCAGUGAGACAGAUGAAGCAGCAGAACCCAGACAGAAAGUGGGAGCUGAAGGGAGGCUUCUGAGGAAAGCCGGUGUUUUGAGAAAAAUCCCUUCCUGGGCUUUAUUUCUGUAUUCAUCUGUCACCCUGGCUGUGAACUGUGUGCUUGACUGAGUAACAGACAGCGAGAUAGCUGAUCAGCUUCCCUGGAUUUCGCUGAACAUCCCGCUUUGUUUUGCUUGAAAAUGGAAACGCUGGAGUCUGAGCUGACCUGCCCAAUCUGUCUGGAGCUUUUCGAGGACCCACUGCUGUUACCCUGCGCUCACAGUCUUUGUUUCAAUUGCGCCCACCGAAUCCUGGUCUCCCACUGCACCCCCAGCGAGCCAAUUCAGUCCAUCAGCGCCUUUCAGUGCCCCACCUGUCGCUAUGUCAUCACCCUCAACCAGAGGGGCUUAGAGGGACUCAAACGCAACGUCACUCUGCAGAAUAUCAUCGACCGUUACCAGAAAGCUUCUUUAAGUGGACCCAACUCUCCUAACGAGACUCGGCGUGAGCGAGCUGUCCCUGACAGCACAGCCAUGACGUCCCCCUGCAACCGGGUCCAGUGUCAGUUCUGCGAACAGGACCCUCCACAGGAUGCCGUGAAGACUUGCGUCACCUGCGAGGUGUCAUACUGCGAGGAGUGUCUCAAGGCCACCCAUCCAAAUAAAAAGCCUUUCACGGGACACCGUCUAAUCGAGCCCUUGCUUGACUCACAUCUACGAGGGCUUAUGUGUCUGGAGCACGAGGACGAGAAGGUCAACAUGUACUGUGUGACGGACGAGCAGCUGAUCUGCGCAUUGUGUAAGCUAGUUGGCCGACACCGAGACCACCAAGUCGCAGCCCUCAGUGACCGAUAUGACAAACUCAAGAAAUCUCCCGGCCGCUUUCUCUGUGUGGGGCGUGAUCAUUCGUUCCAGGAGGCAGAGCAGCAAGCCUUGGAUUCCAACCUCAGCAAUCUAAUCAAGAGGACCAGUGAGUUGGAAAGUCUGAUGGGCAAACUUAUCCAAACCUGCCAACAUGUGGAGGUAAAUGCAUCGCGACAAGAAAACAAGCUGCAGGAAGAGUGUGACCUGCUGAUUAAUAUCAUACAGCAGCGAAGACAAAUCAUAGCUACCAAGAUAAAGGAGGGCAAGUCUGUGAGGCUGAGGAAGCUAGCCCAGCAGAUAGCUGGCUGCAAGCAGUGCAUUGAGAGGUCCUCCUCGCUCAUCACCCAGGCUGACCAAACCCUCAAGGAGACAGACCACGCUCGCUUUCUUCAGACAGCUAAAAGUAUCUGCGAGAGAGUGUCUAUGGCAACAGCAUCCUCCCAAAUCCUGUUACCAGAAAUUAACCUGAAUGACACAUUUGAUACUUUUGCUUUGGACUUCACAAGGGAGAAGAAAAUGCUAGAAAGCUUAGAUUACCUCACAGCGCCAAAUCCACCAGUAAUCCGCGAGGAACUCUGUACAGCUUCAUAUGACACGAUCACGGUUCACUGGACAUCAGAUGAUGAAUUCUCUGUUGUAUCAUACGAGCUACAGUAUGCCAUCUUCACCAGCCAAUCUAAUGUUGUCAGUUUGUGUAAAUCUGCUGAUAGCUGGAUGAUAGUACCAAACAUCAAGCAAAAUCACUACACGGUGCACGGACUCCAGUGUGGCACCAAGUACAUUUUCAUAGUGAAAGCAAUAAACCAGGCUGGAACCCGCAGCAGUGAACCAGGGAAACUCAAGACAAACAGUCAGCCAUUCAAACUGGAACCAAAGUCUGCUCACCGGAAGCUGAGGGUGUCCCAUGACAACCUGACAGUAGAGAGGGAUGAGACAUCGUCCAAGAAGAGCCAUAGUCAGGACCGCUUCUCCAGCCACAGCAGCUACGGUGUCACGGGAAAUGUCUACAUCGACAGUGGGCGCCAUUACUGGGAGGCUCUGAUUGGGGGAAGCACAUGGUUUGCAGUAGGAAUUGCGUACAAGUCAGCGCCGAAACACGAGUGGGUCGGCAAAAACUCAGCCUCCUGGGUAAUGUCUCGCUGCAACAACUCAUGGGUGGUGCGUCACAACAGUAAAGAGAUUCCCAUCGAGCCCUCGCCCCACUUGCGGCGUCUCGGGGUGUUGUUGGACUAUGAUUCUGGAUCUCUGUCUUUUUAUGACGCUGUUGGUUCUCAGCACUUGUAUACGUUUGACAUUGACUUUGCUCAGCCAGUCUGCCCUGUGUUCAAUGUUUGGAACAGAUGCCUAACAAUCCUGAGUGGACUGCCUAUCCCCGAUCACUUAGAGGGAACAGACUACAAUAACUGAUAAACCUGCCCCGUCUUUCCUGGAUUUUCUUUUUUGUAUCCAGAAAGGGACUUGAUAGUGUGCACCUUUGAAAAAAAGAAAAAAGGAUACAGUGACAUUGGUGUAGAUUUCCAAAACUAAUCUGAGCUAUUUAAUAAAUGUUUUCUUUGCUUUGCACAUUUAUGUACAUUACUCUUUUGGUUGGUGACAAUUCCAAAUUCACUAGCUGGCUCCACAUUUUUUUACAUUCAUAUUGCACACUUUUUUAUUAAUAUACUUUUAAGGAAAAUGGCGAAUUUUUAAUGACAUCUAUUAAGGGGGCUCAUAUGUUUGUGGAAGGUUGAUUUAGAGGCCAUUGGAAAUUUUGUGUUUUUGAACUUUUUUAAGUCGUAGCACUUUGAUAAAGUUGUCAUUAUAAUAUAAAUGAUUACUUGUCAAUGUUUCUAAGAAAAAAAAAACAUGUAAAUGCAGGAUCUAAGAAUAAUAGUUAAGAACGGUUUCACUUUUUUUAAUUCUAAUAAGAAAUCAGUCAAUUCAGGGGUUUUUAUGUAUUUAUUUCUGAAAAUGUUCUAGUAAAGUUUAGCAUCUCGGGAAUAUUCAUCUCCUCAUUAUAGCCGUUUUAAAAUGGAUCUUCAUCAUAAUUAUGCCAUUUUAAGUUUCUCUGACAAGAUCUAAUAAAAGUGACU